AUGCCAGGUACGCCAAAGCCGGAAGGGGGCUUUGAGGUUACUUCUGUUCAACUAGAAGAGCAGCCCGAGGUUCGUGAUACCGCCGUGCGGUUUGUGGAAGAAGCUGAAGUUUUUGAAGAUUCCUUAGAAGAUGAGGAUAAGGCCAAGGAAAUUUCGCAAUUAUACAGAAGAGCAUCAGUUUCGACUAAACCUUCGUUUGCUCCGGGAUCUUUUGACAGUUUGACACCUCUUUCGAGACCUGGUCAGCAGAGUCAGAUUGGGUUUCCUCCUCCGAUCCCAGAAUCGUUGCCUACGACGCCUGGUUUCGACCUCAGUCCAGAUGCCUAUUUCACAGAUCAGAACUUCUCAACGAGUUUUCCACCUCAAAUAGCUUCAGAACGGAAAAUAAGCCCUCCUUUAGAAACUUUAGCUUCGCAGCCACCAGGCGAGAUGUCAAUCGAUAACCCUCCAAAGAAUAAAUGGAGGACCAUUGCGUGUGUUAUGUGGUCUUUUGCAGCGGGGUUUUCAGAUGGUGCACCUGGUGCACUAUUGCCACAUAUUGAGUCUUAUUAUCAUGUCAACUACUCUGUUGUCUCCCUGAUCUGGCUGGCGAAUGCAAUUGGGUUUGUGGUCGUGGCCUUCGCUUCUCAUCCGAUGGACAAGUAUCUUGGAAGGCAAUGGUCUAUUGCAGGUGGAUGCCUUUCACUGUUGGUGAUGUAUGCGAUGGUUUGUGGUGGACCAUCUUUUGAGGUAGUUGUGGUGGGUUUCUUCUUCGGAGGAAUAGGUUUGGCAGCUGCGUUGUCCCAGAUCAACAUCUUCCUCGCGCUUUUGAAAAACUCAACCAAAUAUCUCGGAUUCUUUCACGGUGGAUAUGGCUCGGGCGCAACAGUAGCACCUCUGGUGGCAACAGCUAUGGUCAACCAUCAUAUCAAAUGGUCCUACUUCUAUCUGAUUCUGUUGGGGUUGAUGUCGGUGUACUUCUUCAAUCUGUGCUUUGCCUUUUCUGGUUGCAGGGAGGAUCUGGCUCCUUGGGAUUUUCAAGAUGCUCAAGUAGAGCAGCUGAAUGACAGGUCACCCGACCAGAUUGAACUGACAGAAAUGGACAGGGUAGAGACCCAUAAUCUGAGAAACAAUAUCACUCGUGCAAAUCUGGAUUAUAGAGAUCCAACCUCGCAAACGGAGCUGGUGGAGCCCGUGGUUCCAAAGGGUGUAGUUCAGCUGGCACUUAAGAACAGGGUGACAUGGUACUUAUCACUCUUUGUGUUGUUUUAUCAGGGUGCAGAAGUCUCCGUUGGUGGCUGGAUUGUUACAUAUAUUCUCGAUUAUAGAGGUGGAAACGCGACUUCUACAGGUUAUGUUGCGUCUGGAUUCUGGGGUGGCCUGACCGUGGGAAGACUCAUGUUAACUUCGGUGAUCCAUUCACGAAUCGGAGCCAAAAGGGGGGUCACAAUUUUGUCACUCUCGGCAAUUGCAACCGCUUUUCUUACCUGGUUCAUUCCUAACGUUAUUGCGGAGGCUGUUUUCGUGUCGCUUUUGGGUUUGUUCACCGGCCCUGUCUACCCGUUAAUGAUCACAAUUGCUGUUAGAGUCUUACCCAGAAAAAUCCAACACGUUUCGCUGACCAUUUGCACGGCAUUUGGUUCUUCUGGUGGUGCUCUAUUUCCGUUUCUUGUUGGUUUGAUAUCGCAGUACGCUGGUGCCUUUAUCGUGAUGCCCGCUUUCGUCAUUCUGUUUUCUGCAACCACCACCCUGUGGUUUUUGAUUCCUAAUCCAGACAGAAUGAUUGUGAAGCAUUGGUGGCAGAGAGCACUGUAA